AUGAUUAAAAAUAAAGGAGCGGUUAAGUGGGACUAUAUUGAAAAUUUGUCGUUAAAAUUAGGUAAUAAAUUGAGUCAAGCUCAUGUUAUGUGGCACCAAAAUAAGAUGAAGGUCAAAUUAGCGGCUCAAAUAUUGAGUUCAUUGACAGCAGAUGCUUUGUUGUUUAUGAAAAAUAUUCAUAUGGAUGAAUUUCACAAUGUUGGUGAAACUAUAACAUUUAGCCGAAACAUUGAUCGUCUGUUUUAUUUCUUAAAUUCAAGAAAUCCAUUUGCAAAAGGUUUUAAAUCCCCCAUCUUUUCUUCCAAUCUAGAAUAUUUAGAAUCAGUAAAUAUUCCACUAGUAGAUUAUUUGUUCACAUUGCAGGUGAAAAAUAAUAUUGAUACCAUAAGUCAUAUUUACACAACUUCUAAAUAG